GGCAGAGACGCUGUCUUGCGAGCUGUUUGAUUUCAAUUCGGGUGUGGCAUAAAUUAUUGAAAUAAAAUAUUGUUUUAUCCGUGAGCUAGUGGUACAGCGUGAUGAACAUGAUUUGGCAUAAUAUAUUUGCAGUUAUUUCUUUGCUGGUUAUUUCGGUUAUCGUAGUGUUCGGGCUGGAAUGUUACGUUUGCGAAAACCAAGAAGAUAACAAUGAGAAAUGCGUGAAAACCAUAAUGACUUGUCGAGAUUAUGAAGAUGUAUGUUUGACUAAGAUAAAAUGGGGCAGUCCGCCUUAUUGGUCUCAAGGGGCGAAGAAGCAGUACUACAUAUCGAAGACUUGUUCGAGCAAGACCGAAUGCGCGGCCACCAGGCAGCGGUACAUGCCCACCUGCACCCAUAUCUGGUAUCAGGAUUGGGAAUGUUCGGAUUGUUGUCAAGGAGAUAGGUGUAAUUACUAUAUCAUAAUUUGCCACUGUUUUUACAACCCGACCGAUAGCGGUGCCGUACAGAUUACGCAAAGUAACUUGGAUAUGGUAUUGGCUUCCAAUGAGGUGGUAUUUAUCAAUUUCUACGCCGAAUGGUGUAGAUUCAGCAACAUGCUGAUGCCUAUAUUUGAUGAUGCCGCAGACGAAGUGACCAAAGCCGGAUAUGACCCUGGCAAGGUGGUCAUGGGGAAGGUGGACUGUGACAAGGAAGGAGCGGUGGCAACCAGGUUUCAUAUCACAAAGUAUCCCACAUUGAAGCUUUUCCGUAAUGGGUUGCCUGCAAAAAAAGAAUACAGAGGUCAGCGAUCAGUAGAAGCAUUCUCGGAUUUUAUCAAAAAACAGCUGACCGAUCCCGUCAUCAUGUUCAGUUCUCUCAAAGAGCUCCAUGACCUAAGCGAGGACAAGAGGCAUAUCAUCGCCUACAUGGAUCGCAGGGACCAGCAGGAAUACCAGUUGCUCCGGAAGGUGGCUGCUAGUCUCAAGGAUGAGUGCCUUUUCCAUGCUGGCUUUGGGGAUGCGUCGCAACAAAUGCAUCCAGCAGGCCAGCCAAUUGUCGUAUUUAGAACGGACCGAAAAGUGUCCGAGGAGCCGGAUGAAACCUACAAGGGCUCCCUCACAAACUUCGACGAGCUCUACACAUGGGUGCAAGAGAAGUGCAUCCCUCUAGUGCGGGAGAUCACCUUCGAGAACGCAGAGGAAUUAACGGAGGAGGGAUUGCCGUUCCUCAUCUUGUUCCAUCAUCCUACUGACACGGAGAGUGUGAAGAGAUAUAAGGAGAUUAUUAAGAGAGAUUUAGUGUCUGAAAAACAGAACAUCAACUUCCUAACGGCGGACGGCGUGAGGUUCGAGCACCCGCUGCACCACCUCGGCAAGUCCGUGUCCGACCUGCCGCUGAUCGCCAUCGACUCGUUCCGGCACAUGUACCUGUUCCCUAACUACAGCGACAUGGAGAAGCCCGGGAAGCUUUUCCAGUUCUUGCAAGACUUGUACUCGGGGAAACUACAUAGGGAAUUCCACUACGGCCCGGACCCGAACCAAAUAGCAGACAGUAACGACGUCAAAGUGACUACGCCACCCGAAUCCACGUUCAAGAAGCUAGCUCCCUCCAAGAACAGAUACACUCUGCUGCGAGACGAGUUAUAAGGUUACUGUGACUAGCCCUUAUCAUUUAGUUUAAGUUCGGAGCCAUCCAACUUCACCUAUCCGUUUAAAUUAAUUCCUUUCUGCAUUUUCCUUCGAUAUUUAUUUUAAUUAAAAGCCUUUCCUUGAACAAAUGUAUUCAUUGCAUUAGAUAAUGCGAUAAUUACCAUUGAAUUAAAGUUCUCUGCUUAAAACGUAAACUGGCGGAACAGGUUUUGUAUUUGAGUCCCAGAAUGAACAUGCAUUUAUUUAGUUAUUUUGUCGACGAAUAAGAAUGUUAUUUAGAAUUUCAUAAGAAAUUAACUUUAAUGGACUUAAUUUGAGAAUCAGACUUUAAAAUAGUAAAGUUUAUGUUGGGAUAAGCAAUACUGAAUCUUAACUCUGUAUAACCAACAGAUAUUAUAGUUAUUUGUUUUACAAGGGGGCAAAGUUGUUAUUUAACCUCUCGUGCUAUAUUGAUAUCCGAGCAAGCGAAAGAUUUCAAUAUUGAACUACGAGCGUAGCAAGUGAUUCGAAAAAUGGAAUCUUGGGCGUUGCGAGGGUUUCAGGGCAUGAGGGUUAAAUAAAUUUUGCCACCGAGUGACACAAAAUUUUUCACUACACCAACACAAGGAAAAUACUUACUCUAAAAUAUCAGACAUAAUCAAAGCAAAUCGAUUCAAAAUGAAUGUUAUUAAAUAUCUAUCAACCGUCAUUUAAAAGUCAAUUCUACCAGCAUUUGAUUACUUUGCCCCACAUGUGAAUAAAUUUCUCAUCAGUUUUUGAACACUCAAGAGCUGGUGUGGUUAAAAAUUAAUGAUUCGAUUUUUCUAGUACUAUAUUUAAAGACAAUUUUGAUUUAUUGUCUACACGACCAUGUCUUGUCAGGUCAUACGAGCAUUGUCUCAAAAUAAAUGAAGUAAAUAUAUUACGGGUUUACGUUUUACGCGAAUGAAGUUCUAAGCUCAUCACUCAUCAGUUUUUAUAACUGUAACAUAAACUUACAUUGUAGUUUUACUGCAAUACUAGCCGAUUUAUAUACAUGUGCAAAUAUUAUUAUUUUAUAUAUUGUAUAGGUUCAAGAACCGAAUCGAAUUUCUAUUGCUAUUUCAUAUAAGUAAUUUUUAAUCGAGCUUAAGAUUUUUCGGGCAUCGUAUCGCGGUGGCAUCCUCUUUUAUGUUUUCUUAGCUGCCUGGUUAAUGCCUUUUCCAUAUGCUAUGUUUUGCAUUGCAACGUAACGUAUGUUACACUAGAUUUUGGUUUACACCGUACAAAUCAAUGUAAUUUAAUGUAAACAAAGUUGUCGCAAAGUAUCUUUGAUUUGUAUAUCUUGUAUAUUUACACUUGUAUUAUGUAUUGAUAAGAAAUCUUGUGAUCUAACUACCACUAUUGUUGCAAUUUAUAUUCGUAUGUAUCUCCUUUUCGUUAUUUAUAAUUAUUGUUACGCAAGCAUUGACAUAUAUAUCUAGGGACUGGCCUUACGGGCAAUAAUAAUGAGGCAUGACAGGGGCCAGUAAAGCGUUGUGACACCGCUACAACGCGAUUGGUUGAUGAGUUCGCAUUACGCGUGCUAUUGGUCGCAACUAGUUACGUUAGACUGCACGAUUGGCUGGAAUUCGUGAGUGACACCGCUGAACUAGUACCAUUUUUAAUGUCCGUAAGGCCAGUCCUUAUAUUGUAUAGUUGAAUCAUCGAGAGCGUGGAAUUGCAUAUGUAGUAGUAUUGUUUGUUUACAGGCAUUCUAUAUUUGAAUUUUCUAUUUUCUUGUACUAUCAGCAUACAACCACUACAAAUGCAAUUCCAUCUUCUCGAUAAUUCAACUAUAUAUACGUCAAUGUACGCAAGUGUAUAAAGUUGAAAUGGAACAGUUAGCAGCAGAAGUUGCUAAGCGGCUGAGGUGUUCAUAAUUACCUUGACACGCUCUUAUUCUCGUAACAAUAAAGUCGCGUCAAGAUCAUUUUGAACACCUCGUCCGCUUACCAGCUUCUGCUGCUGACUGAACAUGAAAGCAAUUGAGUGUGCAAAACAGCUGACAUCCAAAUGCAAGACGAUUUAUUCUGGCAAAUAUGUGAGUAAAGCCCCAUUUAGAUGGUUCAAGAAACUGCAGGCAAUAUUCGAUACAUUGCUAACUACAGAGUACCUAUAAUGAAUACAGAUCAUAGACCAAAUACUGCAAUGUAACGAAAAACGCAUGCAAGUUUUUGGACGGUAUUUGGUGCUUAAGAGAGAGACGAAUGCAUUAUGUCUGUGAAAAGCGCUAUCGCCCUACCAGUACUAUCUUGAACACAAUUAACUGUCUAUUCGUAAACCUUGCAAUGUCACGGUCUAACCAAAGCGAAUUUGAAAUGGAGGAAUAUUGUCAAAGUAAAUUAUGUACAUAGUCAGUUAAUCUACUGCCAUCUUUCGACACAAAUGAUUCACACUUUUAGAACGCCAGUCAAAUGACUUUGAUCCUUAUUCUUUCACUGAUAUGUGUUAAAUUUGUUAAAUGUCAAAAAGUAUCGCCAUCUACUCGAGACUAGGCCAAAGGUAUGGCGCCAUCGCUCGAAAAGAUCGCACGUUCUAAGUGUUAAUCAUUUGUGUCGAAACAUGGCAGUAACUGUACUGACUACAUAAUUUACUUUGACAAUAUUCCUCUAGUCUAAAUUCUCUUUUGUCUGACGUUCUACCAAUGAUUAGUUAAGUGGGUUACCGGGAGUACGGAAGGCAUAUAAUGGUCACAUUGGUCACCAUAUUGGUGUUCCUAAUAAGGUAAUUAGAUUUAGGUAUCUUAUUAGAAUAAUUAACCAAUUUAAUAUUUGGAACGACACGCCUAUUGUAUACAACGCGUCAUCGUAAACAUUAUCGGUAUCACAGAAUAAUUAAUAGUACUACCGUACAGAAAGGAAACUUCCUACAAAACCGAAGUUUGACAGCGGUUCAGGGUCGAAUCAUGCUGUCCCUUCUAAUAUAUGGCACUAUCCCUUUCGGCUAUUUAGGGUUGUCAAAAUUCUAGCCAUUAUCUUAUCUGUGGUCGUGCACGCAAAGGGACGUCAAGAUGUGUCAACCCUAAUAAGCUGGGAGCAAUGCUGAGCCGAAAGGAGCCGAGUUUGCCCGGAGGGAGGAGUUUCGCACCCCUGUCGGUAUGCACGAUGGUUGAUAUUAAUUUAACUGUAACCGUCAUUGGCGGUCAAAGUGUUGAGAAGCCUUAUUAAGAAAACCAAGUUUCAUCUUGCCCUUGAAUGCGACCAUAAUAGCCUUUAGUUGAACCGGCAUGUUGAAAUCUGCUGUCUAAUAGUGAUACUUUCUAUAUAGGCCAAUCAAAUUAGAUUUUUUCAGGAAAUAAUUCCCAGCAAGCUGUAAAUCGUCUUAAUACUUUCAUUUGGUCCUAAAUUAGUAUAAUUCGAGUGUGCUUCAUUCCAGGAGUUGUGGAAAAAAAUUUGCUCUUUUUCAGUUUUUUGCUUGUAGUUCAAAAACGGUACGUCCGACGGAAAUUUUGCUCUAAUCAUGAUAAAAAUUUACUCUGAGGAUUCGAAAAGUACCUUAAUAUGAAUUUUUAGUCAAAAAUUGUAAAAAAUGGCCGCCACUUUUUUUUUGUAAAAUCGUGUUUAAAUCAGACUUUUUUUUCCAGUGUUUGAUUUACAGCCACCUUGAAGGUGGGUUCCUUCUACAUCGAGUGGUUUUGUCAGUCCAAGGUAAAAUGUAUCCACAGCUCUUGAGAUAGAGCAAACUCAGAUUAUACGCAUUUAGGACUAAUUGAAGGUAUUAAAAUGAUUUCCAGCUUGCUGGGAAUUAAUUCCUCAAAACGCUUUUUUUUUAUCUAAUUUGAUUGGCCUAAUAUGUUGCGUAUCAUUCUUAUUCCAGAGAUAAACUGUUACACAGGCAGUCAAUAGACUAUGGAACGCACUUUUGUAUGGUUUUCCAGUCUGUAUUAUUGAUAAUAAAUUAGUUAUUUAUUGUUAGAUUUGGGCUAAGAAAAAAAUGUGCUGAAUUGUCACACGGCCGUAAAGCGACAUCUAUUUAAACUGUCAAAUUCGAGGCACUGAUUGUUCUUAGACACAUCUUUUAUCUACAUCUUCUAAUACAACUUUCCGUUGAUAGUACCCGUUUACACUUUGUUUCUUCACUUAGAUCAUUAUGCUAUUCGCAAACAAGAGUGCUACAUUCCUCUAGGUAAAGGAAAAAGUUGUCACUAUUAUGUGAAAUGUUUGUACAAAAUGUAUGUCUUGUGUCGCGUGUUAUGGUGUAAUAAAAUUUCUAAAACAUAAAA